UAAGUAUUAGUGUAAUAAGAUAUCGAAAUGUAUUGACGCCUACCCACCAGAUACUCACUUUCUUCUGCUCUGUUGUGGACGCUGAUAUGUUUCUGAAGCGGUCAUUUUGGACCAUCUAUUUACUUGCCAUUGUGAAUGCGGAUGCUGGCAAGAGAGCUCCGGAUACUUUUCCGAAUAUAAUCCUCAGCGGUACAAACUUUACUUGCCGAUGCUCCUUCCGCUUCGAUCUUAAUCAGUCAAAUCUCAGAGUUUACUGGUGGAGAGGUGAAAAUAAGACUUUUAUAAAGGAAGAUAGCAGAAAAUUGAUCAGCAUAAAGCCAGGAGGCGCCUACCUUCACCUCCUGAAUGUCACGGUCUCGGACGCCGGAACGUAUUAUUGCGCCGUGAAACACGCGGAACAAACCAUCGAAAGGGGACGAGGACAGCAGGUUGUCGUACAUGCUGUUCCCUCUCCUCUGAAGAUUGUAUCUAUGCGAUCGGCAAAAUCUUCAUCUGCUUUCCUGAUACUCCAAUGCAGAACAGCUGCUUUUUAUCCAAAAGAAUUUAACCUCACCUGGCAUAAAAAUGGUACAGAGGUCCAGCAUGGAAUCAAACAUGAACAAUAUCCAACUGCAGGGGGUUUAUAUGAAGUUAUCAGCUCUUUGGAAGAGUCACAGCCAGUCAAGAAAGGCACGGUUUAUGCAUGUCAAGUUCACCAUAUUUCGACAUCAGUUCCAGCAACUGCCAACUUCACGGUUUCUAAAGAAGCUGUCUUCGCUGCCAUUGCCGUUGAUUGGAUCGUGCGUGGUUCCCUGGCUGCGCUUGUAUUUCACGUAUGGGCUUUGAUUAUUUAUUUUGCUUACAAGGGUUGACUUCUUCUAAGUUCCAGAUCAAUCGCUUUUUAACAGUUCAUCCGAACAAGCAAUUCCAAGUGAAAGAAAGUAACGGCCACACCGCAGCAAACUCCUGAGAUGCUAAAGUGAUAAAGGAAUGGUUAUAGACAACAUCUUACUGGAGCAGAGAGGCCUGAUAUACCAUUCAAAUGACGAUUAGUCGGGAAAUGUGUUCAAACAUCUAUUUCUCUUAUUCAAAUUCAGAUGGAAAGCCACAUGAAUUCAGCCGCCUUGCAGCUGAAGUAUAUUGACGGGUGAACAAAGAUAUGGGUUACAAUAUGAGAAUUUCACAGAUGACAUGUUGCUUGUCAAAUUGUGCUUCUCUUCAAAGAACUAUGGUACACGUUAGCCAUGCUUAUAACGCGGAGCAGACAUGGUUAUAUUUGGUUGUUGCUCUGGUGAAGACUGGAAGUGCAUUUACUCACACUGUUUAAUUCUCUGUAUUUCACGCUGGACGUAAAGAACAUUGGCAAACCAUCUCUAAUAAAGGCGGAUAAGAGGGACUCACUUGGUUCUGUUCUUCUUGCGGAGAAAUUACGCUUGCUUUAAAUAUAUCCAGAUUUAUAAAAGAGCUGAUUAUAAAAGGAGCGUGGUGGUGUAGUGGUCGAGGUCUUACAAGGACUGCCCCUUUGUAAUAAUCAGUUGGACAUAGAGAGGAUCUGUAUUUACCGACCAGAACGUUUAUUGCUGCACGUCGUUUCACUAACUAACUAAGGUGUGCACACUCACCAGAUUUCCCUGACCCCUCAUGAUCCUUCAAAGAAUGGAAACGGUACCCUGGGAAGAAGGUCUACUCUAGCUAGAUGCCCCUCAUGGUCCAGGUCUAACACCACGAUGGUUUGUCUCUGGAGAGCUGAUCUGCCUGUGCUCCCAAAAUUAUUCAUUCUUAUUCCUUCCAAUAUGAAAUCAAUCUCUGACGGUUUAUGUUCGUUUGCUCAACGUCUUCUGACUGAGCUGUCUCAGUACCCAAAGGAUGUAGCCCAGGGCUGCCAAGCAAUAUCGUUUUAUGUCCUUUGCGUUCAACCUCAUCCAUAGGUGAGUUCCAUUGUUAUACCCAACUCUGACAGGUCAAACCUGCCAAAUCGGUCACCCAUACACUGGCCCAGAUGAACCUACCUGCCAUUUUAUGCAAUAAACAGCUUCUUAUCUGAGAAUGGCCUCAGGUUUAGCACAUCAAUAGCAGAAACUCCUUCUGUCCAUGUUCAAUAGCUCUGAUGAAAUUAAGAGGUAGUUAGUGAAUAUGUUGCUUCAGUAUUCACUACAGAAAAGGAUCUUGGCGACUGUAGGGAUGACUUGCAGUGAACUGAAAAGUUUGACCAUGUAGAUAUUAAGGAAGGCGAUGUGCUGGAGCUUUUGGAAAGCAUCAAGUUGGAUAAGUCACAGGGUCCUGAUGGAAAUACCCCAGGCUACGGUGGGAAGCGGGGGAACAGAUUGCUUACUGUCUGGCGAUGAUCUUUGCAUCAUCAAUGAGGCCGGGAGAGGUUCCGGAGGAUCGGAGGGUUGCACAUGUUGUUCCCUUAUUCAAGAAAGGGAGUACGGAUAGCCCAGAAAAUGCGUUUGUAAUAGACCAGUGAGUCUUACUUCAGUGGUUGGCAAGUUGAUUGAGAAGAUUCUGAGAAACAGGAUUUAUCAACAUUUGGAAAAGCAUAAUAUGAUUAGGAAUAUUCAGCAUGGUUAUGUCGGAGGUAGGUCAUGCCUUACGAGCCUGAUUGAAUUUUUGAGCAUAUGACUAAACACAUUGAUGAAGGUAGAGCCGUUUAUAUGGAUUUUAGCAAGGCAUUUGAUAAGGUACACCAUGCAAUGCUUAUUGAGAAAGUAAGGAGGCAUGGGAUCCAAGGGGACAUUGUUUUGUGGAUCCAAAACUGGCUUGCCCCAGAAGGCAAAGAGUGGUUGUAGAGGGUCAUAUUCUUCAUGAAAGCCAGUAACUAGUGGUGUGCUUAAGGGAUCUGUUCUGGGACCCCUUCUCUUUGUGUUUUUUUUUAUAAAUGACCUGGACGAGGAAGUCGAGGGAUGGGUUAGUAAAUUUGCUGAAGACACAAACGUUAGGGGUGUUGUGGACAGUGUGGAGGGCUGUCAGAGGUUACAACGGGACAUUGAUAGGAUGCAAAACUGGGCUGAGAAGUGGCAGAUGGAGUUCAGCCCAGAUAAGUGUGAGUGGGUUCAUCUUGGUAGGUCAAACAUGAUAGCAGAAUAUAUCAUUAAUGGUAGGACUCUUGGCAGUGUGAAGGAUCAGAGGGAUCUUGGGGUCCGUGUCCAUAGGACACUAAAAGCUGCUACACAGGUUGACUCUAUGGUUAAGAAGACAUACAGUGCAUUGGCCUUCAUCAAUCGUGGGAUUAAGUUCAGGAGCGGAGAGGGAAUGUUGCAGCUAUCUAGGAUUCUGGUCAGACCCCACUUGGAGUGCUGUACUAAUUUCUGGUCGCUUCACUACAGAAAAGACGUGGAAACCAUAGGAGGGGUGCAGAGGAGAUUUACAAGGAUGUUGCCCGGAUUAGGGAGCAUGCCUUAUGGGAAUAGGUUGCGUGAACUAGGCUUUUUAGGAGUUGCUGAGCAUUUGCAAUAUAUUCCGAUUUUAGUUCAGAUUUCCAGCACCUGCAACUGGUUUCACUGAUCUGCAGGAUCCUUCACAAUCUCGCCCACUCCACGUUAUCAUUCUCGGGCAAUACAGUACCUUGUCAUUCGCUCCCCGUUCUCUCUCCGAUGUUGUAACUGUUGGCCCAAAGGGUCUUUAACGAGGCUUCAACGUUAAAGAACAAACGUUCUUAAAUUUCAUCUCAUCGAUUCGCAUGAAGCCUCAUCGUUGUCAGAUAGUACGUGACAAGGCCGGGCGAUUCCGCCCAAACUUUCAAUUUUCAAAGAGUACAUCAACGCAAUUUCCCUUCACUCUUUGCCUUGACAAUUCAACUACUCUCGAAAUGGGCGGCACGGAAGCAUAAUGGUUGACACAAUGUUUUACUGUACCAGUGACCCCGAUUCCAUUUCUGCCGCUGCCUGUGGAGAGUUUCCUUGUUCUCCUAGUAACCUCAUGGGUUUCCUCUGGGUGUGCCAGUGUCCUCACAGAGUCCAGAGACGGCCUCGUCAUUAGGCUAUGGUUAAUUAGCUUGUUGCUGGGCUCAGAGGGCCCCAGCGACCUACUCAGUGCAGCAGAUCAAUCAGUGAAAAUGUUAUUACAUUUCUUUCUUUCUGUUUAUUCAUUCAAUUGCCUUCGUUUCCUUGCAGUUGACUGUAAAUUGACUGCAUCUUUCAUUAACACGCCUAUUUGAAAAAUCCUGUAAUUUUACGAUCCCAACAAGACAGUCUAAAAAUGCAUCGUUUUCCUAUAUUAAAUUCGUUUAAAAAAAAAGCCUAGUCGUUAUGAUUAUACCGCUGUUUAUACGCAAGUUCCUAAGCUGAAACAACAGUGAUCCCAGGAAUGAGGAGCGUUUGAGAUGUCUGUUAAGGUACUCGAUGGAGCUUAGGAGGAAGUGAGGGGAGUUCAGUGAACGCUAUCGGAUUUGGAAAGGCUUGGAUAGUCUAAACGUGUGGCGCAUGUUUCACUAGAGUACAAAAUUUCAAAGUAAAUUUAUUAUUAAAGGAUAUACAACCCGGAGAUUAAUUUUCUUCUGGGCAUACUCAACAAAUUUACAGAAUAAUAACUAACAGAAUCAAUGAAAGAUCGCCCAACUAGGACGUUCAACUAAUAUGCAGGCGACAGCAAACUGCAAAGGCAAAAAAGAAACAAUAAUAAUACAUAAAUAAGCAAAUAAGUAUCGAGAACAUGAGAUAAAGAGUCCUUGAAAGUGAAUCGAUUGCUUAUGGGAACGGUUUAACGAUGAGGCGUGAAUUUAUCCCCUUUGGUUCACCACCCGAUGGUUGAGGAACAGUAAUUGUUUCUUAACCUGAUAAUGCGAGGCUUUUGUACCUUCUUCCUAAUGAUAGCAGCGAGAAGAGAGCAUGUCCUGGGUUGUGGGGGUCGCUAUUGGUGGCUGGGCCUUCCUGCGACAUUGUUUCCUGUAGGUGUGCUGAAUGGUUGGAAGGGCUGAGCCGUAUCCAUUACUUUUUCUAGGAUUGUUCACUCAAGGGUAUUGGUGCUUCCAUACCAGGCUGUGAUGCAGCCAGUCAGUAUAGUCAUCACUACACAUUUAUAGAAGCGUCUCAGAGUUCCAGAUGUUAGGCCGAAUCUCCGCAGUCUCCAAAGAAGCAGAGGCGCUAUCAUGCUUUUGUCAUAAGUGCACCUACAUGCGGGACCCAGGACAGGUCCUCAGAAAUAAAAAUAUCUGGGAAUUUAAAGUUGCUGACCCUCUCCGCCUCUGAUCCACCGAUGAGGGCAGGCUCAUGGACUCUGGUUUCCUUCUCCCGAAGUCUAUACUCAGCUCCUUGAUCCUGCUGACAUUGAAUGGGAGGUUGAUGUUAAGACACCACUCAGCCAGACGUUCAAUCUUCUACCUUGGAUUCGUCCUACAACAGUGGCGCCGUCAGCAAACUUGAAUACGUCACUGGAGCUGUACUUAGCCACACAGACAUCAGAGUAAAGCGAGUCCAGCAGGGGACUAAGCACACAGCCUUGUGGUGCACCUGUGCUGAUGGGGAUUGUGCAGGAAAUGUUGUUGUUAAUUCGAACUGACUGGGGUCUACAAGUGAGGAAAUUCAGGACCUAAUUGCACAAGAAAGUAUUGAGGCCAAAGUCUUGGAUCUAAUUGAUUGGUUUGGGGGGAUUAUAGCAUUAAAUGCUGAGCAAUACUCAAUAGAGAGCAUCCUGAUUUAUGUGUCUUUGCUGUCCGGAUGUUCCAGGGUUGAGUGAAAAGCCAAUGAGAUGGCAUCUGCUUUGGAACUAUUGCUCUGGUAGACAUAUUGAAGCCCAUCUAAGGCUCUUUUCAGGCAGGAGUUGCUGUAUUUCAUCACCAACCUCUCAAAACACUUCAUCACUGUGGAUGUAAGUGCUACCGGGCGAUAGCCAUUGGGAUUGGUCACCACGCUCUUCUUCGGCGCCGGUAUAAUUUAAGCCUGCUUGA